UCAUGCCCAACAACAAGAUAUCGUCGUGGUCAUCGAUAUUCCUGGCAAAUCCAAGUCGUGGUUGGGCUCCUGUUUGUCUUCCUGAUUUUUCUACUGGUUGCUCUGUGCUACGUGCUGUUCAUUUUUCUCACAGCUGCACCUGCACCUGCACCAGCGAUGCACGUUUCGCCGAUGGUCACGGAGGAGACAACUACAUACGAUACUAGUGAGGUUACCUCAGACUUUGCCACGCCUCCUUCUGGUCCCGUUCCUCCUCCGCCUCUCCCACUUCCACUGCCUGCUCCGCGUCCCCGGCCUCCUCCCCCGCCUCCUCCUCCUCCUCUGCCUCCUCCACCUCAACCGCCUCCUCCGCGUCGCCCUUCUCCACCUCCACCUCCUCCCCCACCUCCUCCACCUCCCCUUCCUACUCAACCUCCACCGCCUCCUCCGCGUCCCCAGGCUAGUCCCCGGCCUCGUUCACCGCGUCCUCCUCCACCUACUCCCUCACCUCGUCCGCCACCUUCACCCUACGCCAACUCCACCCCCACCUCUACUCCACCUCCUCCGCCUCCUACGCGUCCCCAGCCUCGUCAACCUCGUCCUCCUUCACCUUCUUCCCUACCUCCCCCGACUCCUUCACCCUACGCCAACUCCGCCUCCACCUCAACUCCACCUCCACCGCCUCCUCCACCUCCCGCGUCUCGCCCACCUCCCGCACCUCCUUCUCCCCCGCCUCCAGCUCCCUCAACUCCACCUCCUCGCUCACCUCCACCGCCACCUCCACUCCCCCCUCCUCCUUCGGCUACGCCACCUCCUGUGACUACUCCGAGUUCCCCGCCUACCUCUGUUGAACCGCACGCCAUGGGCAUGAGGCCGCUGUUUUGCACGUUCGGCGUCCACAAGCAGGACUACACGAAGAUCGACGUGGGCCCCUGCGACUAUGCCUUCAUCCCUUUCUACGCGCGUGGCCGUGACACGUUCAUUGACGACAGUGACCCGGUCACCACGAGUUUGAUCAACAGGGCGGCCACGUCGGCGAAGACGUCCUUCGUCAUCAGCGUCCCCAGCGCGAGCCACUCGAAAGUCAUGGCAGAUGUCACCAGCCUCGCUGGCAAAAACAAGGUGGAGCUUUACUGGACGAAAAAGAACAUCUACCAUUAUGCGGUCUUCGACAUCGGCGUCAUGAAAAAUGAAACUGGCCAAGAAAAAACGAUCGUGGAAGCAGCGUUCAAUUUACUGAGGGAAUUCAGAAAUCUGCAGCAGGCUCUCAAGACAAACAAUCCAUCACAGCCGAAACCCGAUCGCGGUUUUAUCGUGGCGAGCUUCUACCUUUGGCCGGGCGCCGAAACUACCCCUCUUACGGUGUUCACUGAAAACGUUGUGAGGCUGCCUCUGGACGCCAUCAUUAUCCUGACGCAUUUGACGGUAGAUGAACACGAGGCGGGUCUGCCGUGUGUGAUCACGGGAGGGGCGCCUUACGAGGUUAAGCAAGUUACAAACAUUUUGGGCAUGGAAGUUCUUAUGAAAAAAAUGGCGAAGCAGCAACAGUGGGUCACGAAGACCACCUUAACCGUGUCUGUGUCCCUCUGCACACGCCUCUACAUGCCAGUAAAUGGGACUGACCUGGAAGAGAAGUGCGUCGACCACAUGCACCGCCCCAACACCACGGCUGCCUUCUGCAAUGACCCUCUGGCAGUCUACGCCACACCCACAACCGUCAGGUUCGGUCACCAGACGGUGAAGUCCUCGAGCCGCAGCAGACCAUCUCUGGUUUCGACAUUUGAAACAAAUGAGACCGUGAGUGGCAAGUACUGCAAGCUCAGAAGCGAAUUCCAGGACCUUGAAUUCGGCUUGUCCCUUUUCGACUUGGAAUGCGAGGACUGGGCGAACAGCUGCAACGAUAUGAAUACACCGAUGCCCGGCACGCAGAGGUUCAAGGACAUGACCGCACACUUCUUCAAAUUGAGGAGCAUAGGUUCACGCGGACUGCCUUGCUAGCGGACCUGCGUGCUUCGCUGGUUGACGAUCGCAGACUCCAUCACCAUCGGCAUGUUCAGUGUGUGGUGAAUAACCGGCUGUUCUUCGUGGCUGGGCAAACCCAUAGACUAAUCAUAUAGUGCGAGCAUUACCACGUACUGUAUGUGCUUGUAACGUUCGCGUGUCAUACACGGUGCGCUCUUCGUUGCCAGUGCGUUAACCUCGACGAAUGUUUGCGCUGAACAAUGCAUCAUUCAGCGAGGCGUAGAAAGCUUGUUUUAAUAAUUAUAUUCAACUGAUGCAUCGCCCUAGCGUUACGAUCUUUCCCUAUGUGUAGUGAAACUUUGCACGACGUCGAAUUGUUUGACUCGCUGAGUGCGUCUCUGCACAGCUUUACGAUUUAUUUUGCGUGUGGUGAAGAUUCAUGAGUUAGUGUGUCGAACACAUCACCACCGCGCGGCUUUCAGAUCGCCGAUGCUGUUACGAGAAUUCCAUUGUCGUUGUCGAGAGACGUUGUAUUGUUCUGACGUCAAGUUUGUUUGCUUAAGUGCACCGUACAGUCAUUCACAAAGGUCAGCGCCGACCGAGCGUCGCCGGAUACUUGGUCUGAUGUUUUGUGUGGUGCUCGCGAUAUUAUUAUUUUUUAAAGGAAAAGAAAAUAUUCAGUGGGCUUUAUGCAAGGCGUAUGAAAAAAAAUCAGAAUGUGUCAAAUAAAUGCACGCAGCUGUGUUCGAUGCA